AGUUUCGCACGAUUGUGUCAGAAACCACUGAGCCAUAGACAGGAGAACUAUUACAAGGACUUUGCAAUUCAACAACGAGCGAGUUUACGCUGAAACACUGCAAGUUAACCUAUACCAUAUUGGAUUACUUCAUUGACACGGACGUUCUGCAAACCUCGAUUCGGGAAUAUACUCAUUGGAGAUUAUCCUGAAUAACCUUGUGGAUUAUACAAUUACGGAUUUCAAUAUGACUCUGGAGGAACUCGUCGGAUGCAAUAUCACUGAGAAAAAGAUGGAGACCGUGAAUCAAGCACUAGAAGAGCUGCUGGUGGCAGCGCAGCAACAAGACUGCCUGACUGUGGGAGUCUACGAGUCUGCAAAGCUGAUGAAUGUUGAUCCUGACAGUGUUGUGUUGUGUGUUCUGGCGACUGACGAGGAUGUCAUUCCACUGCAGAUUCACUUCACGCUCAUCCAAGCCUUCUGUUGCGACAACGACAUCAACAUACUGCGUGUCUCCGGCAUGAGUCGCCUCGCUCAGGUUCUUGGCGAGCCAAGCACCGCUGACAGCAACGGCAACGAGCCCAAUGAUCUGCACUGCAUCCUUGUCACUAACACCCAGUGCCAAUCUCUGAAAUGCCAAGCGUUGCAGGAUGUCGGCAACUACUGCGAGGAGAGUCGCUGCAAGAACCAAUGGGUACCUUACCUGUCCCUGCAGGAGCGCUGAACUAAUGACCCUCGCUGAGAAACGUGAAAGCGAUGAAAACAAGUGAACAAGUCGUCAUUCUUCCAGAAUGAGAAAGGCGUUCAAGAAGGGGCAUCGUCGACAUGCCCGUGUUUGCCUGCCCUGGGCCGCUAUCCAGUGACGGAGAUGAGCAUGCGAAGGUUCCGAUGGACAAUGCGCAUACAACCAUGACGCAUCUGACCCCGCUCUCUUCCUUCGCGGAAAGGAACUGUGUCGGCGGGAGUGGGGCGUAGGAACGAACUGUAGAGAAAUCUCGCUGCUGUUUGCCCAGCCAUGUUGGAACAACCGGCGGGGGCGGUUGCAUCGCGUGGGAACGGACUUGCAGUUUCGUUAUUUGAGAGGAGGGACAAAGCAACUGUAUCAAUGAGAAUACAGACUUGAAACUGAGUUUAACCCUAUGCUUUCUGACGUGGAAGUCAGUGUGUUUAUGAUCAAAUGCAAUGUGAAUGACUGCAAUGCUCUACAGUUGGAUGUUAUGAGUAACAGUGCAAUGCAGAAGUCUUCAGAGCAACAAUGCCUAUGGGUUGUUAUUGUGUAAGAGAUAUCGAUAGGGUAUUGUGUAAAAUAUUUUUGAUAGAGUAUUCUGGUUACACUCAUAGCCAGGUGGCGGCUGCCUGUUAAGAGGGUCAAAAACAAUGUAACAAUGUAACAAUGCCACAAUGUUACCAUGUAUUGAUUUAUUUGACAUUGACACAAUUAACUAAUGUAUUGCCAUUAUUUAAGUUGAACAGAAUAAUAUAUAACAGUGAAAUGCAUUGUUGAAUAGAAUGUUAAACUUAUUUGAAUAAAUGAUUGAACUGAAA